ACAUGGUUGCCGUUCCACUUACCUAAAUGCUAUUACAAUUUUCCCCUUGUAUCUAGCUUCCAUUCUUCCUCAAUGGGUAAAUCUUGUUCGGUUAACAAAUGCAGUAUCAGGCAUUCGACUAUGCUACUUUUUCUGUUGCUAAUGGCUAUCUUAAAACCCACAGGUCUUCUCUUUUACGUUCAUUAGGCUCUAUUUGUGCCUAUGUGCCUUUUUGUUAUAUAUACGUACAUUCUUUCAGCACUAAUGUCCCAUUAAUUUGUUAGUCUUACAUAUAGAUGGAGUUUUGGAAUUCCACAAAUCAUUAAUAAUUAAGGUUGUCGAGUGUGUGUGUGUGUGUGUGUGUGUAUGCAUGUUUUUUUUACUUAUUUUACAUGUUUAUUUAGUAAUUAAUUAAUUGUAUUAAUUUCUUAAUUAUAAUUUAAUAAAAAUCUUAUAAAUCCAUUUGUAAAAGUUAUACAACACUGAUCUAUAAGAUAAUUACGCUUAGUAAAUUGUUGGCUAUAAAGAGAAGAAAUGAAACCAAGUUAGAUAUUCUUUGAGAACAAGUGCAUGACAUUUGAAAAGUAUAGUGUACUUUUGAUUCUUGAAACAUAUGGCUAUCGUAAAUUAAUUAAGCUCCACUUACCUUAAUAGUAAUACUAAUGAUGCUUUUAAGUUUCACCUCAGCUCCAUGACUUCUUAAAUCAGAGCUACGUGGUCAAUGAACCCCACAACACAAGCAUAUAAUCAACUCCAAUUACAUUUACAUUUGCUGUUACCUCCAAAGCAAACGAAUUUAAGAUAUAGUAAAUUUUAAUGAUGAUGUGGGAUUUCGAAUGGUCACAGUUGUUGAGCAUAAAUCAGUCUAUAUUUCACAUUACAGAAGGUAAGGCUAGAAAAGAAUUAGUAUCUAAAGUUCUGCUUCCUAUCUCUGUUGUUAUAAAUUUUCUUAUCUUCGAUGCUGAAAGAACUUAAAUAGCCCUGAUAUGAUACCCUAUUUGCUCUUGUUGCUGAAGCAAACACAGCCAAAUGUAAAGUAAUAGUGUGAAUUGAAGUGGUCUUUCUUUCUUUCUUGAUGUGGCUAUCAGAAAUGCAUUUGAAGGUGUCUUGGUCACUUAAUUUUUCCGUUCAUGUUGCAUUUGUUCUCCUCUUCUGCUUCAACCUAAAAGGUCCUUACUUGCUUGGUUCAGCAACCUUUGUAGUUAAUGGAAAUGAAACAGAUCUAGAGGCUUUGCUCCAGUUCAAGGCAAAGAUAUCAGGUGAUCAGCUUGGCAUCAUGCGUUCGUGGAACAAUAGCGUCCAUUUUUGCCAAUGGCGUGGUGUUAAAUGCAGUCAACGACAUCAGAGAGUCACCAAGUUGGACUUGCGAACACUGAGACUAAUGGGAUCAAUAUCACCAUUUAUUGGAAAUUUGAGCUUUCUACGGGUGUUGAAUCUUCAGAACAACAGCUUCAGUCUAGGAGUUCCUCAAGAAAUUGGCCGUUUACGUAGACUGCAAGAAUUAACUCUGGAUAGAAACUUCAUAAGUGGUGAAAUUCCUUCCAAUCUAUCUGGUUGUUCUAAGCUCAGACGUCUUUACAUCGGACACAACCUGCUAGCUGGAGAAAUACCAGCCACACUUAGCCGCUUGUCAAGCCUAGAGGAGUUAGGCUUUAGUAACAACACAUUAAGUGGAAGUAUACCUCCUUCCUUAGGGAAUUUAACGUCUCUGGGAACAAUAUAUCUGUCUCUAAAUAGAUUCACAGGGGUUAUCCCUGAAUCUCUUGGCCAACUGAACAAUCUCACCAUUCUUUCCGUGGCAGAGAACAAAAUUUCUGGUACGGUGCCUUCUUCACUUUUUAAUCUCUCUAAUAUUAGAAUUCUUGAUAUUGGGGAAAACAACUUUCAAGGUAGUCUUCCCUCACAAUUGGGAUUCAAUAUGCCAUAUCUUCAAAUCUUUUCUGUUAGCUUGAACCAACUCAGUGGGCCAUUCCCUCUUUCAAUAACCAAUGCCUCGAACCUCAUCACACUUCAAGUUGUGGGAAACAAAUUUACUGGAAACAUGUCUUCCUUCCGGAAGCUAGAAAAGUUGCAAUCGUUAAACAUUGCUGACAAUCUUCUUGGUAGUCAGGGAACAAAUGACUUAAAAUUUCUCUGCUCUCUAACCAACACCACCAGCUUAGAAUUUGUGGAUAUGAGUGACAACAGCUUUGGAGGGGUAUUGCCUGAGUGCAUAAGCAAUUUGUCAGCUGCUAUCACAGUUUUGGCUAUGCAAGGCAAUCAUAUAUUGGGGAGAAUUCCAGAAGGGAUUGGAAAUCUCAUCAACUUGGAGGUGCUAGUGGCAGGAGAAAAUCAGUUAUCAGGUUCCAUUCCCUCUGCCAUUGGCAGGCUUCCAAAGCUACAAUUAUUUGCUGUAAAUGUUAAUUCUAUCUCUGGAGGCAUCCCCUCUUCAUUGGGAAAUUUAAAGAUGUUAAUCAAGUUGUAUCUAAAUGACAACAAUCUUCAAGGAAACAUUCCUCCAAGUCUAGGCAAAUGUGUAAAUCUGGUUUUAUUAGAUCUUUCUAAUAACAACCUUAGCGGUUCUAUACCUUCGCAAAUAGCUGGACUAUCAUCCUUGUCCAUCGGUCUAGCUUUGUCUUCAAACCGUUUGACUGGCGUGCUUCCCUCUGAAGUAGGAAAUUUAAGAAAUCUCGGUAUAUUAGAUGUUUCUCAAAACAUGUUAUCAGGUGUCAUUCCAAACGAUCUUGGUAAUUGUAUAAGCCUGGAGCUACUACUGAUGAGAGGCAAUUUCUUCCAAGGAUCCAUUCCUUCAUCUUUGAGUUCAUUGAGAGGUCUUGCACAUUUAGACAUUUCUAACAACAAUCUCACUGGUGAAAUUCCAAAAUUUCUUGUGAACUUUAACUCUUUACUCUACUUGAAUCUUUCUCACAAUGAUUUUGAAGGUGUCGUACCAGUUGAUGGGGUCUUUAAAAAUGUGAGUGCUACAUUCCUUGAAGGGAACAAUAAGCUUUGUGGAGGCACUCCUCAGUUUCACUUGCCAGCUUGUGACCGCUUGAAACAACAUAGGCGGAGAUCACCUAUUUCACUUAAAUUAAUAAUUGCUAUUGUUUCUGCGCUUUUAGGAGUAAUUUUGGUUUUCUACUUUAUCUUUGGCUUUUGGUUUAGAAAGAAAAGAAAGCGCCUUACAUCACCUAAUGCAGAAAAUCCAUGUUUAAGGUUAUCUUAUCAAAUGAUCCUGAAAGCUACAAAUGGUUUCUCAUCAGCAAAUUUAGUAGGUACAGGUAGCUUUGGUUUCGUAUAUAAAGGAGUCCUUGAAGAGAACAGAACAAUUAUCGCUGUUAAGGUAUUUAAACUUUUGAGUCACGGAGCUUCCAGGAGUUUCAUGGCUGAAUGUGAGGCCUUGAGGAAUGUUAGACAUCGAAACCUUGUCAAGAUAUUGACAGUAUGUUCUGGUUUGGACUAUCAAGGCAAUGGUUUUAAGGCUCUUGUUUAUGAGUUCAUGGCUAAUGGAAGCCUAGAGGAUUGGCUGCAUCCACCUGUUGGCAUGAAUGAGGCAGAGGCAGCAAAAAGCUUAAAUAUUUUCCAGAGACUGAAUGUGGCAAUUGAUGUUGGUUGUGCAUUGGAGUAUCUUCAUCAUUAUUGCGAAACACCAAUCGUUCAUUGUGACCUCAAACCAAGCAAUAUUCUACUUGAUGAUAAAAUGGUUGGCCAUGUGAGUGACUUUGGGCUAGCAAAAUUCAUCACAUCAGACGUGCAAAAUAACACUUCAAGCCUGUCAAGCUCCCUAGGGUUAAGAGGAACAAUCGGUUAUGCUCCGCCAGAAUAUGGCUUGGGAAGUGAUGUGACAACAUAUGGUGAUGUGUACAGCUAUGGCAUUCUUCUGCUGGAGAUGUUCACAGGGAGAAGGCCCACUGAUGAAAUGUUUAAAGAGAAUUUGAACCUUCAUAAUUUUGUAAAAACAGCGUUGCCAAAUCGAGUAGCUGAGAUUAUAGAUCCCAUUCUUCUUCAAGAAGGUUCUGGAGAAGAAACCAUGAUCAACAAUACUUGCAAGGAGAGCAAUCUAAAAGAUAACAGGCAUCUUUUCUACUUGAAUUCUAUAUUUGAAAUUGGAGUUGCCUGUUCUGUUGAACUGCCUAAUCAACGAAUCUGCAUGACUGAUGUUGUUGCUGAGCUUUGCUCUAUAAGAGAAAAGCUGCUUCCAACUCGAUCAUCAAGACCAACAGGUACCAGGUGAUACUUUAUUGGCUUGUGAUUUUGCUCCACUUUUUGAUUGGUAUUGCAUUUACAACAAAACUCCCCGGUGCAAUCUGUCCUUCAAACAGGGAGAAAGAAAAGAUUAUCAUUGUCUCAGCACAAGAGGUAACCAUCCCCUUGUUUUCUGAAGGAUCUACUCUGGAAGAAUGUUGGAUUUAGUUGCAAAUUCUAGUCGUUGUGCCUACCAUUUGUGUUUAAUUCACUGCAAUUGAAGAUUAUAUAUGUAAUAUGUUAUGUUUUCUGAGAAACCAAAUCUAGAAGAAUGUUGAAUUUGAAGUUCUCAUCUUGUGUCUACCAGUUCAUGAAUAAAAUUCAACCUCUAGUGUUUAAAGUUUCUUA